GCAGACUCUGCAUCAGCCUGCUGCUUGGCAACGACGUAGAGUGGAUUUAAACCAGGACGAACAGAUAGUUUGCUGAAUAACAUAUUGUGUUUAUUUCAGUAUAUAUAGCUUUGCUGACAUGAUUGAUGCCGCGUUGAGCUCCUCUGGAGCGCAAGUUGUUUUAGCUACAUCAAGUGAUGAGAAUUAUCUACCAGAAAAUAUAAUUGAUGGACGCACCGAAACAUUUUGGAUUUCGACAGGGAUGUUUCCACAGGAGUUUAUAAUCCGGUUUUCUAACCUUGUAAAAGUCAGCGUGGUUACUAUCCAGUGUUAUAAUGUGCAGAAACUCAGUAUUGAGAAAAGUGUUUCUACAGAUGCGGCAGACUUUGAGAAAGUUAUAGAAAAAGAUUUUGAACACACAGAGGGACAACUUCAGUCAGAAGAUUUUUCAUUCAACGGUACAAGAGCAACACAUCUGAGAUUCGUUGUGAAGUCUGGAUUUGACCAUUUUGUUUCAGUGCACAGGGUGAUGGUAGAAGGGACAAUUGAAAAUCACAUGUGAGCCUAAUCAUUUACAGGGCUUAGAGCUUUAAAAUUAUUUUCCUGUUGUUUCAUAUGCAAAAACCUUUAAGGCAGAACUUCUUAGAGGUACCAAUACUACCUGGAACUUUUGACAGUAGGAGUAACUUAGCAGUACAGUGUCACAAUUAUGUAAACACAUUUUAA